UAAGAACAGAAUAAAAAUAUUAAAAGUGGAUGGAAAAGAAUUGAAGAAAUUCGCACAACUACUUUUCCAAAUUUCACACCAUUUGUACACCGGGGUGACUUCGAAAUGUGGUACGAAGCCUUACCGUCCGCCGUUAUCGUGUACGUGCUGUUGAACAUACCCGACAGAAUCAACUCUCUGUCGAAUAAAUUGGUUUACAAUAAUGUUUACAGACGCGAUAUUAGUCAACCUUGGCUUCAAAGAUAUUAUGCCAGAGACUGGGAAUUAACUGGUGAUCCCUACAAGGCACAAGGCCUUGAAAGUUUACCAAAUAAGCCUUCGGUUACUGGAAUUGAUUGGCAAAAAUUUGGAAAAGGACCAAAUCACUCAUUCUAUGGAACUAAACUGUAAUGAAAACAAAUUAAUUUUAAAAAUGAAUUGUAGCUAUAAUAAAUAUUUUAGAAAGUUGUUUAUGGAAACUGUGAAAUCCAUAUAUCUUGCUAAAUAUAAUUAAUAAAUAUGUAACAUAAUGUCUAAAUAUGCA